UUAAAUAAGAUUUAUAAUUAUAAUAAAUUGAAAUCUUAUAGCAAUUCAAACAAAAAAAGUAACCUGUACUAAAAUUGAGAUUUCGUCCAUUAACCUACUACCAGAUAUCUUAAUUUAUAUGCUUUUCAGCAUCAAGUAUAUAGUUGACACAUAUAAGUGUUAUAUUAAAUAAUAGAUAUAAUUAUUAAUUAUCAUGACAUCUCACGUUAUGUGUUUAACUUCUUCAGGUGGUAUUCCAUUAUUUGUUAGAAAAAAAGGAGAUGGAGAUUUGAUGACUUUUUCAAAAAUAGCAUCUUUAAAUGGAAUACAUAUGUUUUUGAAAACUCACAACAUUGAGUUAUUAAAUAGUGAUAUGGCAGACACUUCAAUUGUAUGGAAAGAAUUCAAAGGAUGUAUUACUUUAAUAGCCAUUGCAAGUGGUACGACUAAACGAGUAAUGCUUAAAUUUUUAGAUUCUGUUUUUAAUGCUAUGAUUUUAGUUGUCAGCCUUAAAGAUAUCGAACAACCUAGAAGUGUAGAAAAAUUAAAAAGAGAUUUGCGUCCUUGUUACUCUAUCAUUGACAAACUUUUAGAAUAUUUAGAUAUUGGUGAUAUAAGUGGAACAAAAACAAAUUUUUUUGAUUUGACAGAUUCUAUUAUAUGCUCUGAGAAUCAUCUACUACAAAUUUGUCUUGAUACUUUUAUGGAAUACUUGGAUUCAUUGUAUGGUUGUAUAUUGAUUCAUAAUUGUUUAGCAGUUGCUACAGAAAGUUGGUGGUCACUUAACCCAAAAGAAAGAAAGUUAAUUAUUUUAGCAAUUACAACAAACAAUAAUUGCGGUACAAAUGAUUUACCAAUCUUUUUACCAUACAAAAGUCCUAAUUUAGCUUAUCGAUUAGUCAAUGUAACUUUAGUCGAUAACAUUCAAGUUUUAGCUUUAUGUGGACCUAAUCCAGAUGUAAAAGAAAUUGAAAGGUUAGCCUUCCAAUGUUGGAGAAAUAAUAUAGAGAUAUUACGUACAUCAGUCCAGUGUUAUCCACGAAAUUUUCCAUACUCAAUAUCAUUGGAUUCCAGGAUUUUAGGAUUUUUACUUGUCAACUAUAAAAUAAAAAAAUUUGUUAUGAGUAGAAAUGUUCAACAUUUAAAAAACCAAAUUUCAAGAACUUAUCAACUAGAUACUAUAAAAACUUUUUAUCACUAUGCAGUAGAAACAUUAUUUUAUACUAUAGAUUCCUAUACAAAAAAUUUGGAGAGAAACGAAGAAAAAACUACUGAUCAGUUUAAAAGUGCUAAAGAAACAUACUGGAGUUUCGAAUAUCAUAAAUGCCAUGCAUUAAAAGAAUUAGAUCAUAUUAUAUGUGUUUUAUAUACAUCAAUUGUACCUACACAUACUAUGAGAUUAAUAACUCAUAAAACCUUAAAAAUUAUUUUAACAGAAAAACAAAUUUGUUGGUAA